AGAUUUAAAUACAUCUGAAUUGGCCAUAUGCACCUUACAGUAAGCACAAAGAAAAAGAAAGUUUUGAACAUCCGGUUUCCCCCAAAGAUCAAAAACGUCUUAAUAGUAAUGUGGUAAAUAUUUUGCCAUUUUAAAUCCUUCAUUAAAUUUUUAAUCGAUUUAAGGAUAGAUUUAGAUUAUUGGCAUUUCGACUUUAUAAAACCAAAGUCAAAACGUUAGUCAUUUGAUUUUAUUGAUUGCAUUUCCCGGGCGAAAUAGCUACAGCGCAUGCUCGAAAAUUGCUCGGAAAAUUCGUGACUGCGGCUGCAAAGGUUCGCUUUAAUUUACUAACGCUAAUCGUGAAACCACAAGGAUGGGUAAGGAGAAGACUCAUAUCAACAUUGUAGUGAUUGGCCACGUAGACUCUGGCAAGUCUACCACCACCGGCCAUCUCAUUUACAAAUGUGGUGGCAUCGACAAAAGAACUAUUGAAAAGUUUGAGAAGGAAGCCCAGGAGAUGGGCAAGGGAUCCUUCAAGUAUGCCUGGGUGCUGGAUAAACUAAAAGCAGAGCGUGAGCGUGGUAUCACGAUUGAUAUCGCGCUUUGGAAGUUUGAGACCGGCAAAUAUUAUGUGACCAUCAUCGACGCGCCGGGACACAGGGACUUCAUCAAGAACAUGAUCACUGGAACCUCCCAGGCCGACUGCGCCGUGUUGAUUGUCGCGGCCGGCACGGGUGAGUUCGAGGCGGGGAUCAGCAAGAACGGACAGACGCGCGAGCACGCGUUGCUCGCCUUCACGCUCGGCGUCAAGCAGCUCAUCGUAGGCGUCAACAAGAUGGACUCCACAGAGCCUCCCUACCACGAGGCCCGCUACGAAGAAAUCAAGAAGGAAGUCUCAUCUUACAUUAAAAAAAUCGGCUAUAACCCUGCCACGGUGGCGUUUGUGCCCAUCUCGGGCUGGCACGGCGACAACAUGCUGGAGCCCUCCGACAAAAUGCCCUGGUUCAAGGGGUGGACCAUCGACCGCAAGGAGGGCAAGGUCGAGGGCAAGUGCCUCAUUGAGGCCUUAGACGCGAUCCAGCCCCCGUCCAGACCUACGGAGAAGCCGCUGCGCUUGCCUCUGCAGGACGUGUACAAGAUAGGAGGCAUAGGCACCGUGCCCGUGGGCAGAGUGGAGACCGGCAUCCUCAAACCUGGCAUGGUGGUGGUGUUCGCCCCCGCCGCCAUCACCACUGAAGUGAAGUCUGUGGAGAUGCACCACGAGGCGCUGCAGGAGGCCAUGCCCGGCGACAACGUUGGCUUCAAUGUUAAGAACGUGUCUGUGAAAGAGCUUCGCCGUGGCUACGUCGCUGGCGACUCCAAGAACGCUCCUCCCAAAGGCGCUUCCGACUUCACGGCUCAGGUGAUCGUGCUGAACCACCCGGGACAGAUCAGCAACGGGUACACCCCCGUGCUGGACUGCCACACCGCGCACAUCGCCUGCAAGUUCGCUGAAAUCAAGGAGAAGUGCGACCGUCGUACUGGCAAGACGACGGAGGUAGACCCGAAAUCGAUAAAGUCCGGUGACGCGGCCAUCGUGACGCUGGUGCCCACCAAGGCGCUGUGCGUGGAGUCGUUCCAGGAGUUCCCGCCGCUCGGCCGCUUCGCCGUGCGCGACAUGCGCCAGACUGUCGCCGUCGGCGUCAUCAAGAGCGUCACCUUCAAGGAAGUAACAACGGGUAAAAUUACCAAGGCCGCCGAGAAGGCCCAAAAGAAAAAAUAACUAUGGGGCACAUUAAACAAUGUACUGCAAUCGGUAACCACCGUGCGCGCGUCGUCCUGCAGGUGCGCAGCGGAUGGUGGUUGCGGUGCUGCCAGCAUUACUACCCGAUACCCAUUAUCGCUGUCGAGUCCUAGCCGUGUACGACCCCCCCUAGUGUCUCCCUGCAAUCGGAGCUUCUUCACUGGUGACAUCACGCUCGUCCUCUACGUAUGCAUUUAUCAUAGCACGAUAUUCUUAAAGUUAGUUCGUUUUAGUUACGCUUACGUGUUAAGUUUAUAUCUUUGUGAUUAUUUUAGUCGUAAGUUACUCGCCAAGUUUGAGUUUCCGUAUUUGAAAGCUCGUUACGUUUUGUUUUUUCAUCGGAAGGAGUUUAGGAGGAAAAGCAAUGGAGUGGUUGUUGAAUUUUAAAACUAUUCCCGUACACAGAAUACACUUGACUGUUACAAGGGUGCCAACAAAUGAGUGGUACUCUUUUCAAUUUAUUAGAAUUUACUUUUGUAACUCACAUUAAAAUAUUAUUAAUGUUUUAAACAUUAGCUCUGUUAUGUUUCCAAUUCUAAAAUAGAUUUUUCAAAGAAUUUUGUUUUCUAAUGAAUUAAAUUCAUUGCAACCCUAUUCUGAUUGAGUAGAUGCGUAGGUGUAAGUUUAUCGUAUCUACUUGUUUCACAGGCGGUUGAAGCUUAUUGUAAAGUUAACAUCGGCGUAGAUAUUGAGGGAAGUUGAUUGUAAAUCAUUCCUCUGUAGGUAGCAGUAUGACUAAAGCGUUAAAAACGUAAUGAUAUAAAAUUUUGGAAAUCUUUGUAAGGUGUAGUAACGUAGUUUUGGUUCCUCCUAGUGUUUAAAUAAAGUAAAUUACUUUAAACUUCUGUGUGAGGGUUUAAAUAUGCAAUAUUAAUCAACCCACUAAUACUUUAUUCCUUAAAGUUACUGUUUAGAUAUUCUUACAUACGGAAAACAAACUCGAGACUCAUUUUAAGCUAAAUGUAACUUUGUAAUUUUUUCAAUAAUUUUGUAAAGACCUUGAUCCUGAUAAAACCAAUAAAGAAGCUACUGGUA